UAGAAUUUAGUAUUAUUCAACAAAGAUAUGCUACAAAAAAAGCGGCUGGUUCUACUCAAAACGGUCGAGAUUCGCCUGGUAAAAGAUUAGGUUUAAAAAAAUUUGGAGGUGAAUUUGUUGAAAUCGGGAAUAUUCUUGUUCGACAACGAGGAACUAAAUAUCAUCCGGGAGAAAAUAAAAAGUGUAUUGGAGUUGUAAUAAAUCCAAAUGAUAAAUUACCGAGACCGCCUACCGAACCAAGAAGGCGUAGAUUUGAUUUGAUAGAUGUUACACAAUAUCAUGAAGAGUUACGUAAAUCCAGAGAAAUUGCUAUUUCUAAGAAACAACAAAAAUAA